GGAGGAGCGCCCGUCCCCGCGGGGCUGGACCCGCGCCCCCGGUCCCGCAGCAUCGCCCGUCGAGCAAUCCCCGACCGCGGGGCAGGGGCGAGGGGAGCGGGGCGAGCCCCGGGGGCGGGCAGAGCUCCGCGGCGCUCUCCGGGCGGCUCCGGUUUCCGAGGCGGAUUUAACCUUCCCCGCGCGGGGCGGGGGGGCGGCCGCCGGCGAUGGGGCGGGCGGCGGGCCGGGGCCGCGGGGCGUGCGGGGCUGGGGCGAGGCGGUGCCUCGGGCCCGGCGCGGCGCUCGGCUGGGGCGAGCAGGGCGGCCGCCGCCUCCCGCCGCGGCGAUGAGCGCCUCGGCGGCCACCGGCGUGUUCGUGCUCUCGCUCACCGCCAUCCCCGUCACGUACCUCUUCAACUGCCUGGCGGCCACCGGCAGUUCCUGGGUAAUCGUUGCAGUUGGUUUGCUGGUUCUGGUUCUUAUUGCUCUGUUGGCUCGUGUUCUUGUCAAAAGAAAACCACCAAAAGACCCGCUGUUUUAUGUUUAUGCUGUAUUUGCCUUUACCAGUGUAGUGAACCUAAUAAUUGGGUUGGAACAGGAUGGAAUUAUUGAUGGAUUCAUGACUCAUUACUUGAGAGAGGGUGAGCCAUAUCUGAACACUGCCUAUGGCCAUGUGAUCUGCUACUGGGAUGGCUCUGCUCACUAUCUGAUGUACCUGUUGAUGGUGGCAGCUAUUGCGUGGGAACAAAGCUAUAGAACCAUUGGUCUCUACUGGCUAGGUUCCAUUAUCAUGAGCAUCAUUGUCUUUUUGCCUGGAAAUAUUGUGGGCAAAUAUGGAACAAAAGUGUUUCCUGCUUUUUUCCUAAGUGUACCAUAUAUCUGCCUCCCCAUAUGGGCUGGAUUCAGAAUUUAUAACCAACCUUCAGUGACUCAAGACACUCCAGUCAAGGUGGUUCAGGAAGUCCAGAAGAAAGGGCUCUUAAGACGACCAAUAGAUUUAAUGUUAGCUGCAUACCUCAUCCUAGCAACGGGGUUUUGCAUAUUUAGGGGCAUGAUUGCCCUGGACUGCCCUGCUGAACUCUGCCGGCUGUAUAUUCAACUGCAUGAGCCCUACAUAAAAGAUCCUGCUGCCUACCCUAAGCUUCAGAUGCUGGCAUACAUGUUCUACUCUGUGCCAUACUAUGUGAUUGCUCUGUAUGGCCUCCUGGUGCCUGGCUGUUCCUGGAUGCCUGAUUUAACCCUCAUACAUGCUGGAGGACUAGCUCAGGCUCAAUUUUCCCAUAUUGGUGCUUCUCUUCAUGCUCGAACUCCUUACAUCUACAGAGUCCCUGAAGAAGCAAAAGAGUUUUUCCUGAUAUUGAACGUAAUGUAUGGGAUUCUUCCUCAGCUGUUCGCUUACAGGUGUGUCAACAAGCCAGAGUUUUUUAUGAAACCAAAACAAGAAGAUAAAACAGAAUAGCACGACUGUUUUCAGCUCCUCUCCUUGGCUAUGUAUAUAAUUGGGUUGGGAUGUAACUGAACUGCUCAGAUGGAACCCAAACAAAGUGUGUAAGAUGUGUAAAAUUGCACAACUGUGUAAAGUUGCACGGUCUGUUUUGUUUAUCCUACUCAAAAAGGGAAAAUAAAGACGACUGCCUUUAGCACCAUUUCUCAA